AUGAAUAUGAAUGAUGUUUUUCACUCUUUUGUCAUGCCUCUCAACUCAGAUGGUUCUCUUUGUAUCAUGAAAAACCCUUCCAGAUCACAACAUUCACAAGGGUUGAUUUCAGAUUCUCCGAAACUCGAAAACUUGUUAGGAAAUGCAACAAUUGGAGCCCAUUGUAUCAACUAUGAGAGGGAAGCCAUGGCUCUUAGUUUUGACAACAUGUAUUACCACCAAAAUGUUAAUGAUCAAGAACCUGAUCAAAGUCAAAGGCAACAACAAGAAGAAGAAGCACAUCUGCAGUAUUUCUCAGGGAUGCCUUGCUAUGAGAUGUAUCAAACUAAUGAUCUUUUUCCUGGGAAUUUCAAAGGCCAACAAUUGGGAAAUAACACCAUGCUUCAUGAUCAUAGCUCUGUUGAGCCAAUGGGCUAUGGAGAUUUACAGUGCUUGAGCUUGUCUAUGAGCCCUGGCUCACAGUCCAGCAGUAUCACACCUGCAACUCAAAUCUCACCUACUGAGUCUCAUUGUUUGGCCAUAGAAACCAAGAAGAGGGGGACAGGGUCAGCUAAACUCAGCACAAAACAACCUUCUCAUCGCAAAACUAUCGACACUUUCGGCCAAAGAACAUCUCAGUAUAGAGGUGUCACAAGGCUUGUAAUUAAUUUAGCGGAAUUUGAUAACUUGCUUAGGCAUAGAUGGACUGGACGAUAUGAAGCUCAUUUAUGGGACAAUAGUUCAACAAAAGAAGGCCAAACAAGGAAAGGAAGGCAAGUAAAAUCACUGAGGGACGUUUAG